GAAAUAAUUGUGAAUGGUUAAAUAAACAAGUAAGAGAUGUCGACAAUGUAACUCCUCAGUGAUAUGCAACUACAACCCCUCCAUAGAAAGUAAAACUCAAUACUUGCGGUCUCUCACGGAAAUGUUUAACCUCUAGACGACUGAGGCUAAAUUGAUUGGUGUACAAGUGUGACUUCAGUUGGUCCACGAUAUUGCGCAUUUAUCUUCGGUUGGUACUAUCCUCACACCCAACACGGUUGAAUUCCACUGGUUGGAGUUCACUCCACUCCAAGUUUAAAGAGCACGAAGGAACGAAGAAAGCAUAUUAGUUGCGAUCAAUCAGAAGCAGGUCUUACCAAGUCAAUGUCGUGUUCUGGUUAAGGGUUAUAAUAUAUUACCAUGUCGUCGAAUUCGAUCGCUUCUGCUUGUCUUGUUAAUCUUGUCAAUGGUUUUAAUGUUUCUCAGACAACUUUCAAUGUUUUAUGAUUCUGACAUGGUACCAAUUUCAAUCAGUUUCAAUCAUUCUGGUCUAGAUUGGAAUAUUUCAUUGAAUGGUAUCCAAUCAACUUCAGAUGAUUUGAAGUUAAACCUAAGUUAUCGAGUACAUGUAUUCUAUUAUGCAUGGUACGAUGCUCCACAAAAAUUAUCAAAUCAAAAUUCAUUGAAUAAUAAUAGCUGGACACAUUGGAAUCAUCGACGUCUGAAACAUUGGAAUGCUAAAGUUGCCAGUGGUUAUUCGACGGAAUCUCAUCGUCCACCAUAUUUGUUAGCAUCAUCUUUCUAUCCAAAACUAGGUCCAUAUUCAUCAAAAGACUUAAAUAUUAUCCAUAUUCAUAUGGAAAUGAUUAGAUUUGCUGGAAUCGGUGUCUUGGUUGUGUCAUGGUAUCCAAAGGGUAUGUCAGAUGAUAAUGGAAAACCUGUGGAUGAUAUGAUAUUCCCACUAUUAAACAUAGCUAAUAAAUAUAAUAUAAAAAUUUGUUUACAUUUGGAACCAUAUAAAAAUCGUGAUGACAGUACAAUCGUUUCAGAUUUAAAGUAUAUUUAUGAAAAAGGAUACACUUCUCAUCCAGCUUAUUAUCAUAUUUUUACUAAUCAAUCUGAUGGUGGUAAAUUAUUACCCGUAGUGUACGUGUAUGAUUCUUAUACAAUAGAACCAUCAAAAUGGAAGAAAAUUCUUCAAACAAAUGAUGACGAAACAACUAUACGAAAUAAAAAUUAUAAUGUACAUAUAAUUGGUUUAUUACUUGAAAUUAAUGAUUGUCGUGUAUUAUAUGAAUCAGGAUUUAAUGGUGGUUAUACUUAUUUUGUUGGUCAUGGAAUAUCAAAAGCCAGCUCACCAGAUAUAUGGAAUAAUUUAUCAGAAGAAUGUACAAAAUAUAAUUUAACAUUCUAUCCUAGUACUGGUCCAGGUUAUCAUGAUCUAUCUGUACGUCCAUGGAAUACUGCGGCGAUUGAAUCCCGUGAAUCUGGUUUAACAUAUGUAAACCUAUUCACCAAGGGGAUCAAUGCAAAACCAACUGGCAUAGGUAUUGUAUCAUUUAAUGAAUGGCAUGAAGGUACACAAAUUGAAUCAGCAAUACCAUUUAAAUGGAUUGGUUAUUUAACAGAAUCAAGAGUUUAUAUGGAUUAUUUACCUUAUACUCCAGAGUUCUAUCUACGUUUAACACGUUUACUUGUGAAUAAAUUUGAAAGUUUUACCACAUUACCAAGAAAAUUUAAUGAAACAAAUGAUAUUGAAAUAGAACAGUUAUAUAAAUUAAUAAGACAAUCAUAAUGAGUGAAGUAUGGUAAACAAGACUAAUGUGUAUAGUAUUUUUUUUCAGUAUACUACUGAUUAAUAAAUAAGUAGUGUAAAUAUCCAUUUGUAAAAUACAUAUGUAUUUUUUUAA